GUGAUACGCGUGAGUAAUAGUGUCCGGGAAUAUGAGGGUUGUGAUCGAGCACUGCAUACAUGCUCUUAUAUCUAUGCCACUUUCAUAAGUAUCUAUGCGGCCCCUCGCGCGCUGCAUCAUUUCGGAUACAAGCUUUAUAUUCGUCCGCCACCAUCGCCCAUUCUCUUCAGCAAAAACACACUUACCAUCCGCACAGGCUCUGUGAGUGGUUGAUUUGCUGUGCGCUUUAGACCCGCAAGCUAGUCUCCGCCGACGCCAGUGCUUCCCAGAGAGUCGGUCAAGGUCAAGACGUUUUGAAUGAACGAUUUGGGACUAGCUUGGCGUUUGGCAUCAUAUUUUGCUGCACCGAUUCGCUUCCCGGAACCGCGGCCUUUCAUCCAUUAAAACCAAGCUGACAUAGUUCGGUGUCUCCAGAUUCCAGAAUAACCCCCGUCCCGCAACCUGUCAUCAUGCCGGUAUCGACUGGAGCCGUUCCGAUCAGUACUAUCCCUCUCACUGCCAUUGAGCAGUCCAAGCGAUUAGCAGCAUACACUGCUGUGGAUAAACACAUUCUCCCAGAACAUAAGGUUAUCGGAAUAGGAUCUGGAUCUACUGUGCCGUAUGUUGUGGAACGAAUCGUCGCACAGGGGCGUGAGCUCAACAAGGACCGCGUGUUUAUUCCGACUGGAUUCCAGUCGAAGGAGCUGAUCGUCAUGUCGAAUCUCAACCUGGGCGAUAUUGAUCAAUUUCCUACUAUUGAUGUCACUAUAGACGGUGCUGACGAAGUCGAUCCCGAACUCAAUUGUAUUAAAGGUGGCGGAGCCUGCCACUUGCGGGAAAAGGUGCUCGCGGAGGCUGCGAAUACAUUCAUUGUGGUAGCCGACUAUCGCAAAAACACGGAAUACCUUGGGACGAACUUCACUUCUGGUGUUCCAAUUGAAGUCGUACCAUUCGCAUACGCCCAAGUUUUGCGCAAAUUACACCAUGUUCUAGGUUCACCCAACGCUACACUGCGCAUGGCGAAGGCUAAAGCCGGUCCUGUGGUGACGGACAAUGGCAAUUUCGUCAUUGAUGCACCGUUCCCCAGAGAGAUUAUGAUGAACCCUUUAACUAUUCUGGCAAAAAUCAAAAUGCUCACAGGUAUCGUAGAAGUCGGUCUGUUCUGCGAUAUGGCUCAAGCCGCGUACUUUGGUAACGAGGAUGGCAGCGUGACCGUGAAGAGCAAGAUAGAGUCCAAGGUUGUCGAGGAAUCAAUCCUUCCUUCUUGAUGGCGACGGAUCUAUCUUACACAAGCAUUACCAUGAUGCUCUUGCACACAAGCUCGAGAGAUGAAUUAAGUGCCUCUCAUACCAGUCGGCAUUGAGUCAACGAGGUCCCAUGCUCUCCCCCAGUACCAGGAUUAGAUCAUGCAGUAGGUGUACAUAUGUUAACGCAGCGAGUCAGCGACGAGAUGGCUCUUACUUGUGUUCCACCCGCCAACUGGAUCCCUCGAGACUGGCAAGCACGAGCGGACAUAUAUUCCGUGUUAAAUUACAUCUCUGCA